CCCUCUCUCCCCUCCCCCAGCCCGGCCACCCGCGCGGCUCGGCCUCGCUGGCCGCCUCCGCGGGGAGAGCACGGGACUCGGUGGGGGAGGGGGUGGCAGAGUGCAAAGUCCCAGACCCUCUCCAUCCUCUGCGUCCCGAGUUCGCUUCCUGCGGCCUGAUGAUGAAAACAGACUCAGCAGGCAUGACUGGAGAGGGAAGUCCCAAUGGUGCUAGAAUGGUGCUGCAGUGGCAGAAGACGGCUCACAAGUGAGGUCUGGAAGAACGACAGGGAAGACAUCCAUCAUUUGCUCCAAAGUGUGCAAGUCAAAUCCUGGGGAGAAUCAUGAUAACCCUGAUCACUGAGCAGCUACAGAAGCAGACUCUGGAUGAGCUGAAAUGCACACGCUUCAGCAUCAGUCUGCCUUUGCCUGAUCAUGCAGAUAUCUCCAAUUGUGGGAACCCUUUCCAGCUUGUGUCUGAAGGUGCUUCCUGGAGGGGCCUGCCCCACUGUUCCUGUGCCGACUUCCAGGACAGCCUCAACCUCAGCUACCACCCCUCAGGCUUGAGCCUGCACCUCAGACCACCCAGCCGGGGAAGCUCCCCGCAGGAGCAGCCCCUCUCCCAAGUCCUAAGCCCUGAGCCCCCAGACCCAGAGAAACUUCCUGUGCCCCCUGCCCCUCCAUCCAAGAGGCACUGUCGUUCCCUCUCAGUGCCCGUGGACCUGUCUCGCUGGCAGCCGGUGUGGCGGCCCGCCCCCUCCAAGCUGUGGACUCCCAUCAAACACCGGGGCAGUGGUGGAGGGGGUGGGCCGCAGGUGCCUCACCAGAGCCCCCCGAAGCGGGUUUCCAGCCUCAGGUUCCUCCAAGCUCCCAGUGCCUCUUCUCAAUGUGCCCCAACCCACAGACCCUACAGCCCCCCUUUUUUCAGCCUGGCCCUGUCCCAAGAUUCCUCUCGACCCUGCGCCACCUCUCCCCAAAAUGGCUCUUGGGAAAGUGAUGCUGAGUCCCUGUCACCUUGCCCACCCCAGCGCCGCUUCUCCCUGUCACCCAGCCUGGGCCCACAGGCAAGCCGCUUCUUGCCCUCUGCCCGGAGCUCCCCUGCAUCCUCCCCAGAACUGCCCUGGCGACCACGAGGCCUCCGCAACCUUCCCCGAAGCCGUUCACAGCCUUGUGAUCUGGAUGCCCGCAAAGCUGGUGUUAAGCGGCGCCACGAUGAGGACCCCCGGCGACUGAGGCCUUCUUUGGAUUUUGACAAGAUGAAUCAGAAACCAUACUCAGGAGGUGUCUGUCUUCAAGAAACAGCCCGGGAAGGCAGCAGCAUCUCUCCACCGUGGUUCAUGGCCUGUAGUCCCCCACCCCUCUCUGCUUCCUGCAGCCCCGUUGGGGGUUCUUCCCAGGUGCUGAGUGAAAGCGAAGAGGAUGAGGAGGGGGCCGUGCGGUGGGGGCAGCAGGCGCUGAGCAAGCGGACACUGUGCCAGCAGGACUUUGGGGACCUGGACUUGAAUCUGAUUGAGGAGAACUAAAACAGAGGCUACUUCCUGGGGCCACACAGACUGACUCUCUUAUGGCUACUAACAAGUGUCGAGGCCCCAAGGCCGGGGUUCCAGCCUGGGAAUGGGGGUGAGUGGAGGGCUCCGACUCAGGGCAGCCGGAAGUCUUCUUGCUCCAGGAAGCUCGACCAUGCCAAGAGACUGGCCGGGACAAGAUAAACGGAGCUGGUGGCGGGAGGGACAGCCCCAGAGCAGACCCUUCCCAUGGCGGCCCUGAGUGUGAGUAUCCCUGCCACUGAGAAAGCAAUGGGCAGGGAAGGAAGGGGUCUGCUGACCCCAGCUCGGGGAAUUUCACUAGCCCCUUUGCUUUCAAAGGGCAUUUGUGUCUUAGAAUUUGGCCAGGGUGGGGGGUUCAUUCAGCCUCCUUGGAGAAAUUGUGUGAGAGUGUGUGCGUGCAUGGGCGUGUACUGGAGGAAAGGUAUGCUUGCGUAGCCUUAGGGAAGGAAGGCAGUUGCUCCUUAACAGCAGAGCAUUAUGAUACCCCCAGGAUCUUGAUUUUUCAGGGUACAGCAGGCUUGUUCAAGGAGUCAAAAGGAUGGCACCAUGUUUUUCUUUUUUCUAUGUAACUCUGGAACCAGGCUUGUAGUCUAUAGUACCACUGACUCUGCAAAGGAUUCUGUUUUGAGGGGUACAACAGGGUCUUUUAAGAGCUGUGAUCUCAGCUAAAGAUCUUUUCCUCAGGCCCACCCCCUACCCCAUUAGAUAGAUCUAGUGUUGGGGACCGGAGAGGACUUCACAUGUUGAUGCUGAGCUGGCCUUUUUUUUCCUCAUCAGAUUGCCUAGGCUAUAUCUAACCUGCCUCUUUCCCUCUCUUAAGUAGAUACAAAACAUAUAUGGGCAGCUGAGGUGAGGUUGAAGGACUCCACCUCUCUUUUCCCCUCUGUACUGAUGGGACUUCCUCCCCUUACCAUCAGACCUUUGAGGGUCAAGAAUAAGGAAGGCAGGCCCUAUAUUAGUCCUUAGCAUUUGUGGAGGCUGACCGAUAGCAGGAGAGGUGGUAUUCAGAUGCUAGCAGACAUGGAUGAACUUACCCCAGCACUGCCCUUCAGAAGCAGGCUGUGGAAAAACCUGUUUAAGAUCCAGACGCAGCCUCUUUUCUAACUUGCUUGAUAAAGAGGAUUGGGGAUGUCACCAUUUACUAGUUUGCUUGUCUUCCACUCCUGCCAGGAAAUGUUUAUUUGCCUCUAAUUGGCCCUGAGAGACCUCAGUGAGGUUGGGGCUCACUGAGGGAUUGAGUGAGGAUGUGUAAAGCAAAGGCUGUGAGAAGCAGCUGGGAGUUUGUUGUUGUUGGAUUAAAUUUCCUUUUUUGUUUCUCACCCACAACUUGAGCCAGGGUAGCAGGUCCCAGCGGCUGCAGUGUUGGGGUUAAAGAUCGCAAGGGCUUUGAUGGGACUGGCACUGACGCUGCUUCCACUCUACCUUUGAGACUUUGUCUAGUUUUGGUUAGGCCCUGCACAACCAAAUUGGAUCUGGCCUUCCUGUUAAUUGGAAGAAGGGCAUAUUAUUUUAUUUCAUUUUCUUUUCAAUUUCUAGGUUGUUUUAGAACCCAGAUUGUUAUGGAACUAACAUUCCUUAUGUUAGUGAAGAAGACCAGAAUCUGUGUUUUCUUCCUUGUGGGAUUGGACCCAUGAGAUAGGAGCAUUAAGAAAGGCUCCAACCUCAUCACCCCCAUUCCAGAGGAGGCAGCCAUUUCUUCUUGAGUCUCUGGCCCUCAGAGGUUCUGCUCACCUGGUCCUUCUCUUCACCUUCUAGUUACCAUGUAUUAUCUGUGAGCUCCCAGGGCUACAGGGCCUGGGAGAGGCUCUCUGGAGAGCCCAGGGAAACUGAACCCAGGAGUUGCCCUUCCUUGGUUUCAUCCCUCCCCUGGCUCUUCUUUUUUAGGCCAUAAUUUCCCUGGUGCCAGCGUCUUUCCUCCUGGGGCAUCCUCAUCCCUGGGUUCUCUGCUGCAGAUUGGCUGUGCCAGCUUCUAAUAGGCCACUGGCAGUGCCAAUAGGGUCUUUGCAGGCCCUAAGCUGAAGAAGUGAGGGCAGUACUUCUGUCUCCACCCUGGCUUCCCCAAAUCCUUGGGGUACCAUCCUUAGGGGAGAAGGUCUACAGAUACUAUAUUUGAAUUCCAUUACUUUAAGACUGGAAAGUUAAACUAGCUGGAACUUGCUUCCCAAUCUGAACACCCGUGGCUCUGGGACAAGCCUUUUCAAGAAGUGGUUCAUUUUGCUUUACACAAUAGAUCUGUUCCCAACAGUUCUGUGUAAACCAAAUGCUAUUUUUCAAUGCAUUUGGACUGCUGAUCAUUUAAAAGCAGCCUGUGAUUGCUUCUUUUGUAAAGCAAACAACCUCCCUCUUCUUUAGCUGUUUUGACUAUUUGGAUUUUCACAUAUUGGGCUUACCCAGAGUGGAGCACAUCUCUACAGGACUGUGGUUGACACUGGGUAGACAUCUGCAUCUGUGUUGUGUGUGUGGUGUGGCUGACCAGUAGGUGAGUAUUCCUGCGUGUGUGAGUGAAGCCACUCCCAGGCUGGUGCUCUCCUCCUGUGCCCAGUGACUGCCCAGUGGCAGCUCCAGCUGCCCUUCACUCCCACCUGCUGCCAAAGUCCCUGUGCUAAUGGGAUUACAAAUACAAAAAGUGGAAAAACAAUUUUUCGUAAACUUUGUUUUAUAUUAAAAAAAGAUCCAUAAGUCUGUGUGUGUUAAACAUGAGGUCCUGCCUCUGUGGCUGUGUUUGAAAAAAAAUAAAGUUUUAUUAGAAUAA